AUGUCUGCUGCCGCCACCGACCAUGCGCAAGCCAACUCUCCCACCGUCUCCUCAAGAUCUCAUCCUUCCCACGCCAUAGCAGAACCGCAGUCUCGGAAUCAGUCCGUUUUUCAACAGAUGGAAUCAGCUUCCCACACGCCACGGCCGACAUCACAUAACAUUGGUAGCGGGGCAGUGGUGGCCGGGCCUCAUGCGACCACCGCCGACGAUGCUUUGAAUCGCUCGGCUCAGAGCAGCCGUAGUGGAGGCAAAGAGACGAGUAAGAGAAGUGUCGAUUAUGUUUUGAGGAGCGGGCUCGCUGGAGGGUUAGCAGGUUGUGCGACGGUUGUUGCACCCCUUGAUCGAGUGAAGAUUCUCUUCCAAGCGUCAAAUCCUCAAUUCGCCAAAUAUACGGGUAGCUGGGCUGGCCUUGUUUUCGCUGUCCGGGAUAUCAAGCGAUAUGAGGGCGCGCGAGGUCUCUUCCGAGGCCAUUCAGCGACGCUCCUUAGGAUAUUUCCAUAUGCUGCUAUCAAGUUUCUAGCGUACGAACAGAUUCGAGCGUUUUUCAUACGCUCAAAAGAGCAGGAGACGCCAUUCCGUCGACUGAUAUCGGGAAGUUUGGCGGGCAUAACCUCGGUAUUUUUCACCUACCCGCUAGAGUUGGUUAGAGUGCGGCUGGCGUUUGAGACGAAAAAGUCGUCUGGGGUUUCCCUUGUUGAUACCGUACGGCAAAUCUACAGUGAACGAGUUACACCCCCGAAAGACCUCCCAACGGGCAAGGGUGUUCCAACGGCUACUACCGCAGCCGCAGAGACCAUUAGCGCUACGACCCAGAAAAUUGUUCCCAGUUCAGGGUUUGCAAACUUCUACCGGGGCUUCACUCCAACACUUCUUGGAAUGCUCCCGUACGCUGGAGUGUCCUUCCUCACUCAUGAUACAAUUGGCGACUGGCUCCGUUUGCCAUCUCUGGCCCCCUACACGACCAUUCCUCGAUCCGAAUCGUCCACUUCUGGUCACAAAAAUUCACGGAGGCCACAGCUGACAGCGGCGGCAGAAUUGUUCUCAGGAGCGAUUGCUGGUGUUGUCUCACAAACAUCAUCCUACCCAUUUGAGGUGAUGCGCCGGCGUAUGCAAGUCGGAGGCGUAGUCGGUGACGGGCGCCGUCUCAGAAUCGCCGAAACAGCGCGGACAAUAUGGAUGGAGCGCGGGUUCCGCGGCUUUUGGAUCGGUUUAACGAUUGGCUAUCUCAAGGUGAUACCCAUGACAGCUACUGGUUUCUUUGUCUACGAGCGUCUCAAGUGGUCGUUGGGGAUUUAG